GGCGGAAGCGGAAGGGGCGGGGCUCCGCAGGUUGAGGCUCCCGUGCUGUCGCUGCCGCCGCUGCUGCCGCCGCCGCCCUCACAGCCGGAGCGGGCUGGGCCACAGAGGCAAGAUGGUGGACUACAGCGUGUGGGACCACAUUGAAGUGUCUGACGAUGAAGACGAGACGCACCCCAAUAUCGAUACGGCCAGCCUCUUCCGCUGGCGGCACCAGGCCCGGGUGGAGCGCAUGGAGCAGUUCCAGAAGGAGAAGGAGGAGCUGGACAGGGGCUGCCGUGAGUGCAAGCGCAAAGUGGCCGAGUGCCAGCGGAAGCUGAAGGAGCUGGAGGUGGCCGAAGGUGAGGGCAGCAAGGCAGAGCUGGAGCGGCUACAGGCUGAGGCCCAGCAGCUGCGCAAGGAGGAGCGGAACUGGGAGCAGAAGCUGGAGGAAAUGCGCAAGAAGGAAAAGAGCAUGCCCUGGAAUGUGGACACUCUCAGCAAAGACGGCUUCAGCAAGAGCAUGGUCAACGCCAAGCCUGAGCAGGCGGAGGAGGAGUCAGAGGAGGUUAGGGAGCAGAAACACAAGACCUUCGUGGAGAAGUACGAGAAACAGAUCAAGCACUUCGGCAUGCUCCGCCGCUGGGAUGACAGUCAGAAGUACCUGUCAGACAAUGUCCACCUGGUGUGUGAGGAGACGGCCAACUACCUGGUCAUCUGGUGCAUUGACCUAGAGGUGGAAGAGAAGUGUGCACUCAUGGAGCAGGUGGCCCACCAGACCAUCGUCAUGCAGUUCAUCCUGGAGCUGGCCAAGAGCCUGAAGGUGGACCCCCGCGCCUGCUUCCGGCAGUUCUUCACGAAGAUUAAGACAGCUGACCGCCAGUACAUGGAGGGCUUCAACGACGAGCUGGAGGCCUUCAAGGAACGUGUGCGUGGCCGCGCCAAGCUGCGCAUUGAGAAGGCCCUGAAGGAGUAUGAGGAGGAGGAGCGCAAGAAGCGGCUCGGCCCCGGCGGCCUGGACCCCGUGGAAGUCUACGAGUCCCUCCCCGAGGAACUCCAGAAAUGCUUUGACGUGAAGGACGUCCAGAUGCUCCAAGACGCCAUCAGCAAAAUGGACCCCGCGGACGCGAAGUACCACAUGCAGCGCUGCAUCGACUCCGGCCUCUGGGUCCCCAAUUCCAAGUCCAGCGAGGCCAAGGAGGGGGAGGAGGCGGGCCCCGGGCACACAGACACCUUGCUGGAAGCCGUCAAGCCAGGCGAGGAAAAGGAUGUCAGCGCGUGACUCACCCCAACUGCCGCCCACUUGCCUGCAGGCUCUGUGCACCCCUUUUCAAAAAAUGAAAAUAGAUGCCAUUGCCCUAGUUCCUGGCUUCCUCCACUUUCACUGCGUCCCCCCCAUCCUGGGGGACCUGCCCCUCAUGCACCCACCCCUCCCCUCCAGAGCUUGUCCAAGUCUUGCUUUGAGUCAAGGGGGUUCACUGCCUGCAGCUCCCCCAUCAGCUUUAUGCCAAAGGCCCAGGGGUCCAGAAAGGGGCAGAGGUCGCCAGGUUGGUCCAGGAGAGGAGGGAGGGGCCCCGGCUGAGGCCUGCUCCAGUCAGUGUGGGCUCUGGGUCCACUGCUUGUCCGCUGUCGAGUUCUAUAUGGAAACAGCAGCGAUCUUCCAAUAAAGGAUUUCACAUGCUC